AUGCUAAAAGCUGGUUCGGCGCGUAGGGAACGUUACUACAAGGGAAUGAAGGAAGAUUCGAAUCUUCGUGUCAAGCUAUCAGGGAAUUGGGAAACACUUGUUGGAGAUCAAGACACUUUUAUCCACAUUUUGGAAUACGAGAACUAUGCAGGAUAUGACAAGACUACACAACUUGUCAGGUCAACGGAGCACCUUGAAGCAUAUCGAGCCAUGCUGCCUUUCCUAACAUCACGCACGACGCAGCUAAACCAAGAGUUCGCGAUCUUGCCAACGGCUCCCCCACAUGCUGAGGGGGGGAUUUUUGAGCUGAGGACCUAUCAGUUGAAGCCCGGAACACUUCUUGAAUGGGAGAACACAUGGAGAAGAGGCAUCGAAGCGCGGCGCAAGUCCGUCGCUCCUGUUGGAGCAUGGUUUUCGCAAGUGGGACGUUUACAUCAGGUUCAUCAUAUGUGGCAAUAUCCGGACUUGCAAACGCGGAGGGAUAUCCGAGAGAAAGCAUGGCAGAUCGAUGGUUGGGCAGAGACGGUUUCAAAGACUGCUCAACUGGCAGAGUCGAUGGAUGCUUUCAUUUUGACACCACUAUCAUUUAGCCCUCUGAAAUAA